AUGGGCCUUGAUAUGAAUGUGGAGGAGAGGGUGAUUGAGAGCCCUCCAGUCCACGGCGAUGGCCAUGGUUCCGAGAAGAAGGGCUUCUCUGUCUCGGACCCUAUCCCCGUAACGGAGGAGAAAGAUGCGGAACCAACUUUCGACGUAGGCAUCAAGGCAUGGUCGCAAGUGGUUGGCGCUUUCUUCGUAUUCUUCAAUUCGUGGGGUAUAAUCAACACUUGGGGGGCCUUUCAGACAUAUUACGAGCAAGAACUGCUCCACGAUGUUUCGGCGUCAUCGAUCGCUUGGAUCGGCUCUCUACAGUCAUUCCUGCUGAUGCUGUUUGGAGUUGUGACGGGGCCUUUGUUUGAUGCUGGUUAUCUCCGCGCCCUCCUUUCCUUUGGCACCAUUAUGCUCCCUCUAGGCUUGAUGAUGACCAGUCUGUCCACCCAAUUCUGGCAGCUGAUCCUUGCACAGGGAGUCUGCAUCGGCUUAGCUGCUGGAUGUCUCUUUGUGCCCGCUGUUGCCGUUCUUCCGCAAUAUUUCAAGAAGAGAAGAGGUCUUGCCAAUGGCAUUGCUGCGACAGGUAGCAGUAUUGGCGGUGUCAUCUAUCCUAUCCUGUUCAAUCAGCUGCAGAAGACAAUCGGUUUCCCGUGGGCGGUUCGGACUCUCGGAUUCUUUUCCUUGGCAACAUGUUUCGUUUCUCUAUCCUUGCUAGAGAUGCGCUUUAUGCCCCAGGAAAGACGCAAACUGGUUCAACUUUCGGCGUUCAAGGAGCUUCCAUAUGUACUGUGCUGUUUCGCCAUGUUUAUGGGAUUCCUGGGGUUCUACAAUUUUCUGGUCUACAUCCAGGCAUAUGCAAUCGACACGGGGAUCGUGGGGGAAAACCUGGGCUUCUACCUGCUAUCCAUGCUCAAUGCGGCUUCUACCUUUGGGCGAAUCACGCCCAACUUCAUCGCCGACCAUACCGGUCCCAUUAACAUGCUCACGCCGGCUGCGAUCAUGACUUGUGUUCUCGCGUUCAUCUGGAUUGCUGUCCAUGAUGUACCGGGCAUCAUCAUUCUUUCCAUCCUGUACGGAUUCUUUUCCGGCGGCUUCGUGUCUCUCCCCCCCGUGGUGAUGAUUUCCCUCACCAGAGACCUUCGCGAUCUCGGAACUCGACUGGGCAUGCUCUUCUCCAUCGUCUCCGUCGCGCUGCUGAUCGGAACGCCAAUUGGGGGUGCGAUUCUGAGCAGUACCGGUUCAUAUCUUGGGGUGCAGCUUUUCACUGCCUGCUGUCUGGCUGUGGCUGGUUUAUGUUUUGUCUGCUUGAGACUCUCGCGCACUGGACUGAAGUUACGCGUGCGUGCCUAA